AUGCCAAAUGUGAGCCUGCAUGUGACAUUACCAAUUCCAAGAGACGAGGACAAAGAAACAAGAGACAAAGAUAAACAGAGACCACCACCAAGAAACUGUUCAAAUACACCACUAACGGCGGGUGUUUCAGGUGAUGAUCAAACCUUGGAGCAGAUUCCGAUUGUGUGUGAGUUCCCAGAGGUGUUUUCAGAUGAUAUUGAUGAAUUUCAACCUAACCGAGAGGUGAAAUUCGCAAUUGAGUUGGUGCUUGGAGCCGGUCCGAUCUCGAGUGCUCCUUAUAGGAUGUCACCUCUAGAAAUGGCCAAGAUGAAGGCUCAGCUAGAAGAUCUAUUGGGCAAACACUUUAUUCGACCAAGUGUUUCUCCGUGGGGAGUUUCAGUGCUAAUGGUAAAGAAGAAAGACAGAAGUAUGCGCUUGUGUGUCGAUUAUCAGUAG